UACCUUUGUCUGUUGAAGUAAAUAUUCAAUAUGCAAUACCAGUCCAUGCAGGUGAUAAUGCACCUCUCAUUCUUUGUGAUUCUUCAAUUUUUCCUCCAAAGAACUGAUCACUAUUUAAAUACUCUAGUUACAAGUUAACUCAUCUCUGGGAUGAAGCCCCUGGAUAUUUAGGCUCAAUAGCAACAGUUUAGCUGUUUUAUUCUGUUUAGAAUUUCAAAUCAGCCUUGAGUUAUUAUAGUAGUUAACUAGUUAAUUGGUUUCUUCUGCCUACAUGUUGCACUUCAUGCUCCAUACUCUCCCCUUCUUUACAUCCUGGAUGCGAUGCCUUUGUUUGCCGGGCCGUUUGUUCUCCCCUCCCGAGUUACACAGUCGCGGGAUCACGACGCGGGAUUGGCUUGCGAUUGAGUUUUUUGGUUUUCCCUUUUACGAGGAUAUGUGAGUACUUAAAGAUGAGAGAAACCCAGAAUCAAUUUGAUUAAAUGAAUUAUUUAGUCCUGAUUUGCAAAAGAACGGAUUAACUACCCUGGAGCUGCUGCGGUUGUAGAAAGCAGAGUUCUUCGCUUAUGCACGUCAUCUUGAUAACUACCAUCCAGAUGGCACGAUGGAGAGAAUUCCUGAUCUGGGCUCUCGCUACCCUCCCGGUCUGCACAGCUCUCCCCUCGCGCUCAGCGGAAUCCCAAUUCCGACCAAUCACAGACAAUAACGAUGCCGGUUUAACAACCAUCCGCUCACCAAUAAACGAAAACGUCACCAUUUCAUAUAAAACCCUCCCCACGUGGGCUUGUGUGACAUCCUCCUCGCACCAAAAGCAAUAUACGGGUUACGUCCACCUGCCUCCAGAGGCUCUCUCGCCCAUCCGGCAAAGUUACCCCAUCAACACCUUCUUCUGGUUCGUGGAGGCGAGGCAGAAUGCAGACACGGCGCCUCUGACUAUAUAUUUGAAUGGCGGGCCAGGGGCCAGUAGCAUGACGGGUCUAUUUCAGGAGGUCGGGCCCUGUGAAGCUGUAGAGAUUUCGCGAGAUUGCAUUGGUACGCGUGCUCGGGAGUGGGGUUGGGAUCGGGCUUCCAAUCUGCUUUUCAUAGAUCAGCCGGUCCAGACUGGGUUUUCGUAUGACAGUCUGCGCAAUGGAUCGCUGGAUUUGUUAUCUUCGUCUUAUACUUUCCCGCCCUCACCUGUACCUUCUAGGCAUGGUGAAGGUCUGGUUCUGAACGGCACAUUCAGCUCCCGCAAUGCCGACGCGACGGCAAACACAACCGCCAUUGCAAGUAGAACGGUUUGGCACAUGCUGCAGGGCUUUUUAAGCGCGUUCCCACAGUAUAACCCUAGCAAAGGUGAUGAGGAAGAUGGCUCCGCCGCUGGUAUCCAUCUCUUCACAGAAAGUUAUGGAGGGAAGUAUGGCCCAGCCUUCGCAGAACAUUGGCUGGCACAAAACGAAGCGCGAAGAAACGGCAAACUCCCCAAAGAAACGACGCUUGAAAUAAAUCUGCAAUCCGUCGGGAUCCUCCAAGGUUGCAUCGACGAUCUCAUCCAGGAACCCUUCUACCCAAUCUUCGCCUACAACAAUACCUACGGUAUUCAGGCAAUUUCUCGCGCGGAGAUGGACGCAUCGUUAGCAGCGUUCGAAAAAAAGGAUGGGUGUGAAGAACGAAUAACUGCCUGCCGUUCGAAAGCACUGUCUCUUGAUCCCGCGGGGAAUGGGGACGUCGAUGCCGUUAUUGCGCUCUGCCUGGCCGCUAUGUACACCUGCUACAAUGAUAUCUUCAGCCCGUUUCAUAAAUCCAACAGGAGCGAAUACGACAUUUCACAAUCGCGACUCUCCAGCUUCUCCCCACUCACACACCUCACCUACCUCAACAUAGCCAGGGUCCAAGAAGCCCUAGGCGUCCAGGUAAAUUACACAGAUUAUAGCAAGGCUGUCCAGUCCGCUUUCAUCUCGACAGGCGACUACAUGCGCACCUCGUACGUUCCGCAUCUGGGCUCGCUGCUGGCAUCAGGGGUUCGAGUAGCGCUCAUCCACGGUGAUCGGGAUUAUGUCUGCAACUGGAUGGGCGGCGAGGCUGUUUCGUUAGCCAUCGCAUCGUCACCUAACGCCCCAGCACCAUACCGAGAGAAGAACGCGUUCAGCGAUAUCGCCGGAUAUGCACCCCUAACCAUCACCAACGGGGCUUCUGGAAGCUCUUACGUUGGCGGAACGGUGCGCCAGCUCGGCAACUUAUCCUUUACGCGCGUCUAUGACGCAGGCCACUUCGUGCCUGCCGCUCAGCCGGAGACUGCCUUCACGCUGUUCUCUCGCAUCAUUGCAGGUGGGAGGGAUCUAGGCAGUGGUGACGAGGUCGAUUUAUCCACUUUUCACACGAUGGGGUCGCGAAAUUCCACAAAAACGAAUGUCGCGCCGCCAAUGGCGGAGACAAUUUGCUAUGUGCGGGCGGUGGAGGCGACAUGUUCGAUGGAGCAGAAGCAGAUGCUGAAAGAGGGGAGAGGGGUGGUUAUUAACGGCGUUUUAUAUAAGGAUCAAGAUGAAUGGGCAUGCCGCCGAGGUAAUAAUGCCUCGAAAGGUGAACAACGUAUGAGAGGAUUGUCGAUGAGCAUGGCGUCAUUUAUGCAAAGGGCACGCCGAUUAUUUGCUUGAUAAUUUUCAUUGGUGUCGGCGAAAUUUUUGUAUAUUUUAGAGGAAACUUCGGUAGGCGUUCUUGUCCAUCCUAAUUCCCAUCGUUCGCAAGAUCUAGAUCAGAUUGCAUGUGUGCCUGUAGCCCAUCAAACCCGUAGCCAGAAAACUAUCAUGACAUAGCACGGGAAACAGCAAUAACGGGCAAAACUAUGCAAUGGUAGCCUUUAUGUAAUAUCGACGCAUGCAAAUGCAACUACGAGAGAAGGAUUGAAAAGAUAGAAAAACAUAAAUAAUUAACAUGAGCAAAGGGACAAUAAAAAUGGGAAUAGAACAAAUGAAAUGGAGAAGUAAAAGUAAAUACCCUUUCCCG